AUGACCCAAAAGAUCUAUAUCUACAAAUGUUUCGUAUUUUUCUUUCUUUCUUCUCCUUAUAAUCCGUAUUCUCUUUCUCAUUCUCUCUUUCUUUAUCUCUCUCUUUCUCUCGCUUUCUUUCUCUCUCUCUCAUUCUCUCUCUCUCUCUAUCUCUCUCUCUCUCUUUCAAAUUUUAUUCACUUUAAUAUUUCGCCAGGGGCAUUUUCUUUUCUUUUACUCCUAAUUUUAUAUCGACUUUUUAUUCUUUCUCACGUUUUUAAUCGAAUAUUUUCCCGCUCUUUCUCUCUUUCUCUUCUCUCUCUCUCUCUCUUUCUCCCCUGCCCGUCUCUCUUUCUCCUUCUCCCUUCUCUGUCUUUCUUCUCUCAUCUCUCAUUCUUUCCCUCUCUCUUUUUUCCUCUCUCUCUCUCUAAAUCUUUCGCCUGUUCCUUUUUAGUAUAUUCCCCAUUUUCCCCCCUCUCUCUCUCUUUUCUCUCUCUUUUUCUCUCUGUUUUUCUCCUCUCUCUCUCUCUCUUAAACGUAUUCUCAGAAAACUCUCUUUCUUUUUCUCUUCUCUUUCAAUACUUGACUCUCCUUAUUUGCCUUUUUCCUGAAUUUCUUUAA